CAAUAAAAAUGGUGUUGUCAUGUCGAUUUUAUAAAGAAAAAUAUCCAGAAGUGGAGGAUGUAGUAAUGGUAAAUGUACGUAGCAUAGCCGAAAUGGGAGCAUAUGUACAUUUAUUAGAAUAUAAUAAUAUUGAAGGUAUGAUCCUUCUUUCUGAAUUGUCUAGAAGACGUAUUAGAUCUAUUAAUAAACUUAUUAGAGUAGGAAAAACUGAACCAGUUGUUGUUAUCAGGGUUGACAAGGAGAAAGGUUACAUUGAUCUUAGUAAACGUCGUGUAUCAGCUGAAGAUGUAGAAAAAUGCACAGAAAGAUAUGCAAAAGCAAAGGCUGUAAAUUCAAUUUUAAGACAUGUUGCAGAAUUAUUACAUUAUGAUAGUGAUGAUCAGCUAGAAGAAUUGUAUCAAAAAACUGCAUGGCAUUUUGAAGAAAAAUAUAAGAAACAAAAAGCUUCUGCAUAUGAUUUCUUUAAGCAGUCAGUUUUAGAUCCAUCUAUUUUAGCAGAGUGUGGACUUGAUGAACACACAAAGGAGGUAUUAUUGAAUAACAUUAAACGAAAAUUAACUUCUCAAGCAGUUAAAAUUAGAGCAGAUGUAGAAGUAGCCUGUUAUGGUUAUGAAGGAAUUGAUGCAGUGAAAGCUGCUUUAAAAGCUGGAUUAGCUCUUUCUACAGAUGAACUUCCAAUUAAAAUCAAUUUAAUUGCACCUCCAUUAUAUGUUAUGACAACAUCUACACCAGAAAAACAAGAUGGUUUAAAAGCAUUAAAUGAUGCUAUUGAUGCUAUACAAGAUAAGAUAACAUCACUGGGAGGUGUAUUUAAUGUUCAAAUGGCUCCAAAAGUUGUUACUGCGACUGAUGAAGCAGAAUUAGCACGACAAAUGGAACGUGCUGAACUUGAAAAUGCUGAAGUUGCUGGUGAUGAUGAUGAAGAAGAAGUGGAAGGAAUGGACGGAUUUAGUGGUGGCGAAGGUGCAGAAGAAGAUAAAAAAUCUGGAAACGAGUCUCAAGAAGAAGAAUAAACAUACAAUAAACUAACAAAUUACCAUGUUUCAUUAACUGACAAUUAUUCCUAAAUCAGAAUCAUACUUUUAUGAGUAUGCUACUGCCUUGCUGGACAUUAUGCAGAAUAUUUCGAAUAAGUACAUAAGUCAAUGUAUUAUAAUUUAUAAAUAAUUUUCUAUCAAUUUCAUAAAAUAAAUAGAUCAAUAACAUCUAAAUUAUUAUUAAUAGAAAAAUUGUUUUACCGUACCAGCAAUAUAUUUUUAAUGUUCUAUUCAAGAAAUUUAAAUUCUAAUCUUUUACAUAUUUAUAACAUGUUAAUUACAACCAACUUACCUAUGUAUUUCAUUUUAUUCGAAUACAAAUUUUACACAAAUAUUUGAAUUUUUUUAUAUUUUUAUU